AUGGAUGGCCUCAAGAAAUCCACCACGCCCCCACGGGUUUCCUUCGGUGUGGAACUCGAAUUCUUCGUCGCCUUCAUCCUAGAAGGAGAACGCGACCCUGAUGCAGACAUCAAGGACCAGUUGCAGCCGCUAAUUACCGUUCCACUCGACUGGGAACGAACCGCAGAACAGAGCCCUAAAAGUGGCGUUUCAGGUAGGAUUCAUAAGCCGAAAACGGCACACGUGUAUGGCCAGAUCGAACGUGCUCUAGCCGAUGCGGGUCUACCCGUGAUGGGCGACAGGGAACAGUACGGUAAGCUCGGUUCCGCCCAAGCCAUCCACGGCGAACAGGCCAUGUCAUCAUUCCGGCUCGUGGAGGACGUCUCUCUCAAAGCAGACCACGUCGACGGGUACCGUUGGGAACGGGUCGAGUUGAUCUCCCCGGCCAUGUAUGACAUGGAGCUGUCCUACGACAUGCUCCGGGUCGCGGUAAGUACAGUCACAACCAAUUUCCGGUGCCGCGUGAACCCCAGCUGCGGCUUUCAUGUCCAUGUGGGCGCAGGACCGACGCAAAGGAUCGAUGCGAGGACGUUGCGGCAGUUUGCUGCAUUGUUGUGGGCGGCUGAUCCUGUCAUCAGCAGACUCCAUCCCCCUUGGCGUUCCGCCACCACAUACAGUCAAUCUGCUCGAGUGAACGAAAUCACUGAUCUCGGCAAAUGCCAUAACUCGGCCAGCGUCAUGCUUGAUGGGAUCCAGAGAGGUAUCAAUCCCCAACACCAGGACGGGAAGAACCCGUCAGGAUUCAAGAUGACAAAGUUUCUCGGGAGAGACCGCCGGCUUGGUGAGUCGGUUGAAGUAGAUAUGAGCCCAGAGGUGAUAUCUCUCGAGAUCGAACUGGACCAAGAGGAUGACAUGGCGCUCCUUGAAACAGAGCCAUGGCAGCACCAGCAGGACGUACCGGUGGCAGAAGGAACCAGGCCGAACGAGGGUGACGCAAGCGAAGAAUUCGGAUUCCCUCCGUUCACUUACGAAGCCCCGGGUCCGAUGCCGAGGAAUUACCGCAACCCUAGAACCGACAUAUACGCCCCUCCCCGGCCUCGCCCUCCACCCAUCCCCCGCCGCUACGGCCGUUUUCCGGGGACGAUGCGAAAGGACAUCCGCGAGGACCCAAAUUUCCUCGACGGGUAUCUCAUGAGCUCCGGAGGCAACGUCGAAGUCCACGGUCGCAGGGUCCCGCCGCUCCGAUCGGAUGUGAUGUCCGGCGUCCGAGACCUCUUGGGUGCCGACUUGACAGUCGCCCAGGUCGGAGAGCUUAUGAGAAACAAGUUGUUCCCCAAAAACAUCAACUACAAGUUCGACGCGUACAGCCUCCGCAGUGUCAACGCCCAGGACCCGAAGCGGAAGGCCGACCCACGCGAGUGGACCACCGACUGGUCCGACCCCAAGAGUAACACAAUCGAAUUCCGCGAGGCGGCAGGGUCGCUCGACAUGGAGUGGAUCGCGACGUGGGCGCGGAUCUGCUGCCGACUGCUCGAGUGGAGCCGGGACGCGGCACCGGCAGAGUUCCUGUGCGUAAUCCGCCUGCUGGCGUGGGCCCAGGAGGAAGAGGGCGCGCAGUACGACAUCAUCGACUUUCUCAUCGACCUGGGGCUCUUGAAGGAGGCGCGGUUCUGCGAGGAGAGGCUGGAGAAGGGCGAGGCCGCGUGGUGGGAGUGUCUGAACCUGGGCAGGCCCGAAGGUUCCAGCGAGGCCUGGCAGUCAUUGCCUGAGAUGGGGGAGGACUUUAACCUUCCUUGGUAUGGAGACGCUGGCCAUGGACGGAUCGCCGAACCCCGGGGAGUUGCCGGUCAUGGGACGGCCGUUGGAGAUGUGUGGGGUGGAAACGAGGGCGAGUACCAGUUCGGCGAGUCGGAGGAUGACGACGAGGACGAGGAGCUGCAGCCGCCUUACGACAUGAAAAAGCUGCAGGAGCCUGUCGAGCUUGAUUCGCAGGGGCCUGUUGAGCUGGAUGCCCAGAGCCUCCCGCGUGAGGGCAUUACUCUCGAUGGGGCUGUUGCGAGCGGCGACGGCGACAGCCGCGCGGAGCAAGCAUUCGUCGGAGAUGGGGAUGCGGAUUCGAAUUCGGAGUUGGAGCCGGGGUACUCUUGGGUCGGAAAGGCGUUUUCUGAAAAGGAGGCUGUGACGGACGAAGACGGGUUCGAGAUUGUGGAUGACGAGGAAUGA